UCUCCUUCAUCAGAUGCACCGGAUCAAUGUCACCAAAGCAGGGAACUUCUUGCAGGCCUGGAAAACUGCUGGCGGGAGAAAGGAAAGUGACUGGUUGGACAAUGCAUCGGAGCUCAAUGUAACCUACAAGGGGGGGUGUCCUGCAGGUCUCAGGAAGAAUUCUUCCUCCGUGUCAGUUACAAGUUCCUCCGACAGCUCAGGGAAAUGUGAUGCCCUUGUGCCAAGCAGCACCUCCGUUGCUCAUGCGGGAUCCAAGCCGAGCCAAAGCAGUGGUUGGCUUGGGCAGUCCAGCGAACGGAGCCCUGCUGUGUCCCAGAAUUCCCAGGAAGGGGAUGAGGCUCAGCCCAAGAACCUUCGCUGCCUCUUCAAUGGGGUGGAUCAGCUAACAUGCAGCUGGGAAGUGAGGAGAGAGGUCGCCAGCUCUGUCUUGUUCACGCUCUUCUACAGAGCCACGCCGGCAUCACAGGAGACGGAAUGCUCUCCAGUGCACGAGGAGGAAUUGCCUCACAGCCCCUACCUCUUCCAGAGCUGUGAGAUCAACGUCACCAACGGCAACAGCCUGAGCCAGUACCUCAUAACUGUCCGGCCCAAGGAGGAGGAGAAACUGAUUGCAGCCUACAAAAACAUCAAGCCGCUUGCACCUGUCAACGUGACAGUGACAAAGAUGAAAGACGAGGACUAUGAGCUGAGGUGGACCAAACAGGCUCUAAGCUUUGACUAUAUAACCCAGAGAUAUGAAUUCCAGUACUGGAAGACUGGAGACUCCGAGGAGAAUGCACAGUGUGUAAGCAUCAGCAAUGACAAGCCUCCCAUCAUCUUCACCCUGCCAAUGCUGGAGCCCUCAAUACAGUAUAAAGGAAAAAUGCGAGCGAGGGUGCAUGAAUUAUCAUCGUACGAGGGGCCCUGGAGCGAGUGGAGUGAGGAGUGCACCUGGGAAACUGAGAGUGCCUUGUCACCACUGUUACUCCCACUGUUGGUUCCAGUCUUCACCAUCAUGCUGAUCACAUUUACCUGGUGGGGCUGUAGUGGCCUACUGCGUAAGAAGAAAAAGUGGGAAGAAAAGAUUCCAAAUCCUAGCAAGAGUCAGGUGAUCCAGAGCUACCUCCAGAAAGGACUGCUCGGGAUGGGGGGUGUUGGCAAGAAGAGCCCUUCCGAGAAGACAGACCAGGCUAGCAGCAUCCAAGUGCUGGAAGGAUUGAUGAAGGUCAGCUCAGCAGAGCUCCCUGGAGCCAUGGAUGAGAGGAUGAAGUGCUUCCUCAGUGCGCUGGACUCAGAGAACCCGUAUCAAACACUGGAAACGGCAGCUCCUGCUCCACCUCCCUCAGCCCCGGCUGGCUGCCGUUCGAGUCAGGCCACCAGUCAGCUAGUGAUGCCCGCCAUGCUCCCCUGCAGGAGCAGUGCUGAGAUCCCUGCGUCUCAGGCCCCCAUGUCCUGCUUUGACUUCAAUGGUCCCUACUUGCACCUCCCCCACGAGUGUUCCCUGCCUGACAUUCCUCAGCACUCGGACGCUGCUCCAUUCCUCAGCAGGGGGAGGCCGGUGUCGCUGGAGUAUGUGUCCCUGCCCGAGGGGUCCAAUUCCCAGACCCCGCUAGCAGGGGAGGCGAGAGGAGCAGCUCAGCUCCGCCCCGUCUCGCGGCCUGCUCAGGAAGAGAUAAAGCAGCCACCUGCUGGAGGGCAAGAAGGGCCACAAGGCCAGUGCAAGGGGACUGGGGAAGCGGUGCAAGGGGACGCCGAAGGUCAGAGGUCACUGACUGCUGCCACCCCAAACAACUCCUGUCAGAAAUGGCCAAUGGGAUACGUCACCACAGAAGGUCUGUCACUGAUGCCAGCAAGUGACUCUGCUCAUCUCUCCCCUGCACAGGCCCCGCUGGGGGGGUGCUCAGAGAUGUUGGAGUGUUGAUGUCCAGCCCAUGCCUGCCCCAUGCUACAGAGCACACCCCUAGCCCUGCGCUAGCUCCUGAGAAACCUGGUGACUUUGUCCCAGUUCCCUCUCCAGCAUAAGCUUCUCCCUUAGGAGCACAUCAGGAAGCAUUUGGGAGUUGUAUGAUGUCCCCCGAGGCACCCCAAGAUACUCUGUGGCACCCCAGAAUCCAUCGUUGUUUCCUCCCCCAUUCUGUCAUACUUCUACUGCAGAGCCUGGGCAAGAGAGUAACAUGCCCAUGUUCCACCCCGAUGGCACUGGGCCAGUUUUUCUACACUAGAUGGAGGAAUGCUGCUUCUCUCCUAGCCUCAAACCCUGUGCAGCCCAUUCCACUCAUCCAAACUCUGAAGUGUGAUGCUUACUUCAGAUGGCCACUAUGGGAAGAACAAGAAUCAGCUGUCAGGGCCAGGGAACUCUGCUAGCUCCAUGAGAGUACUGGUGAAAACAAUAGAGCAGGUGACUGGAUGAGAAUUCCAUCAUUCAAAGCAUGUCACCUCUAUUGCUUCCCCCAGUUCCCCACCUCCCAUACACAGGAAACAAAAAUUGCAGUUCUGCUUUCCAGCCUGUUGCCCUGCCAAAGGGGGUGGAAGACAUUGAUCAUCACCACGUCCUCUUCAGCUGUAUUAGUAUAUUUGGAUACCGAAAGCAGGAAAUACACCAGCCUUGGAGU